AUAAAUAAAAUUUAACUAUGUGAAAAAGUAAACAAUUUAAUUUUAGACCAAAAUUGAAAACCAACCCCAAAAGCAAAAUUCGAAAUUGGACGCACGGGAAGAAGGCAAAGCAAAAACCCCUCUCUCCUCUUGAUCCCCUCCUAAAAUCUGGACCAGAAUCAAUCGGGAGAAAGGAAAAGGAAUGGCGUCUUCUUCGAGCAGUGGCUUGACUUUCAAACUCCACCCGCUGGUUAUCCUCAACAUCUCGGAUCACCACACCCGGGUCAAGUCCCAGUCCCUACCUCCGCCUCUCCACUCUGCCCCUAACGGCGCCGAGCCCUCCUCUCCCGCCGCUGCUACGCCUCCGCCUAGGGUUUUCGGAUGCGUCAUCGGCGUUCAGCGAGGACGCACUGUCGAGGUCUUCAACAGCUUCGAGCUUCUCUAUGAUCCUGAUACUCAUACUCUGGACCGCGGCUUUCUAGAAAAGAAGCAAGAGCUAUAUAAGAAGGUGUUUCCAAACUUUUACAUACUGGGAUGGUACUCAACUGGGAGUGAUGCUCAGGAAUCUGAUAUGCACAUUCACAAAGCUCUGAUGGAUAUCAAUGAAAGUCCGGUAUAUGUUCUUCUCAACCCAUCCAUCAAUCAUGCACAGAAGGAUUUGCCAGUCACCAUCUACGAAAGCGAGAUGCAUGUGAUUGAUGGGAUACCACAGCUUAUUUUUGUCCGUGCCAGCUACACAAUUGAGACGGUUGAAGCUGAACGAAUUUCUGUUGAUCAUGUUGCACAUCUUAAACCCUCGGAUGGAGGUUCUGCCGCUACACAAUUGGCUGCUCAUCUUACUGGCAUACAUAGUGCUAUCAAAAUGUUGAAUAGCAGAAUCAGAGUGCUUCACCACUAUCUUCUUGCUAUGCAAAAAGGUGAAAUUCCAUCCGAGAAUUCAUUGCUAAGGCAGGUCUCUAGUCUCUUGAGAAGAUUACCGGCAAUCGAGUCUGAGAAAUUCCAAGAUGAUUUCUUGAUGGAGUAUAAUGACACACUGUUAGUGACUUACCUGGCAAUGUUCACCAACUGCUCAAGCACGAUGAACGAGCUGGUUGAGAAAUUCAACAUUGCAUAUGAUAGACACAUCAGGAGAGGGGGUCGAGCGUCUUUUAUUUGAGCGCUUACUUUCAAGCCAGUCUUUUACUGCGCAAAGUCGCCGAGAAGUAAUGUGUGCCUUGGGGAAGCAGCAUACACACUGUAGAAAUCGCAUAGCAACAUUUAUGUCUUUAAACACUUCCAUCUUCUUUACAUUUUAUCUUAGCUUUUGGCUGGUUGGGACUUGAUUGUGUGUGGGUUUUUUUCUUUGGGCACCAGCAACUCCUCCUUUUUGUUCUAACUCUGCCUUGAUGUAUCUAUAUAUUUUGCAUUUGGGAACACUUCCUAAUUGUAGCAUUCCUUUUUCUUGACAUUUGGAGUUUUAUCAAACAUUUACCAGAAAUCUAUUGUCGCCAUUUGUAGAAAACAAAGACUCUCUCCACGU